AUGCUAUCUACUACUGCAGCCUCCUAUAACCUUCCUUGGUUGAUUAUAGGAGACUUCAAAUUUAUUCUGCAUGAUACUGAAAAAUUCAGUACUCAUCCCAUGGAUAAAAAUGAAGCUGACAUUUUCAAAGAAAAGAUUCUUGAACUAGAUUUGAUUUAUCUUGGUUUCACUGGUUUCCCUUUUACUUGGUCAAAUAAAAGAAAGGGCCAUGCCUUAACUGAACAAAGGCUGGAUAGAGUUCUAGCUACUGAUGAGUGGCUAGCCAUCUACCCAAAUACCACAAUAACUAACAUGCUUGCUAUUGGGUCUGAUCACCAUCCCAUUUUUCUUAAUUCCAAUCCUAAUUGGAAAAAUGGCAAAAUACCUUUCAAGUUCUUUGUCUCUUGGUUAGACCAUGAGGAUUCCAGGAAAAUUAUAGCAGAUUGCUGGAAGAAAUCAAUAUCUGGUUCAAGUGCUUUCAUCAUUGCUAGAAAACUGAAAGACAUAAAGCUCCAAAGCAGAGUUUGGAACAAGGAAGUUCAUGGAAACAUCAAAGCAAACAUUGAGGAAAAUGAUAGAGGACAAGCACUAGCAAAUGCAAGAAAACAACUCAAAAAUUGGUUUGAUAUUGAGGAACAGUUCUGGAAAACCAAGAGCAGAGAUCAACUUAUAAAUUUGGGAGAUCAAAAUACAAGCUACUUCCACAGAGCAACAAAGAGUAGAACAAGAAGAAACAAGAUUGAGGCAAUCCAAGAUGAGGAAGGCAAAUGGAUCACAGAAGAUGGAGAAGUCAAAAACUGCUUCACAAAUCACUUUUCUCAAAUGGCUACUGCUGAACCCAUAAAUCCUUCUACUGAACUCAUCAAUCUCAUACCAUCUAACAUAACCAAUAUUGAUAACAUGCUUCUCAACAGGAAACCUGAACCAGAUGAAAUCAAAGCUAUCUUAUUCAUCAUGGCUAGUGAUAAAGCUCCAAGACCAGGUGGAUUUCCACCAAAUUUCUUUAAAUCCAACUGGGACAUUAUAGGAGCUGGCAUUGUCAAAAUGGUCCAAAAUUUCUUCUCUUCUGGAAUCAAGAUAUGCAAAGUAGCACCUUCUAUCAGUCAUCUUCUGUUUGCGGAUGAUUGUAUGAUAUUCUGCAAGGCAAACUUGAUUGAAGCACAAAACAUAAUGAAGAAUCUGCAAUUAUUUGGAAGCACUUCUGGGCAGCUUAUAAACUUCAAUAAAUCUGGAGUUUUCUUCAGCAAAAACACAAAUCCAAGCCUUAUUCCUAAAAUUAGUGGAUCCAUGGGAGUUCAAGUACUGCAGCUGGAUGAUAAAUAUCUAGGAUCACCUCUCUUUACUCACAGAAGCAAAAUCAGUUCCUUUAAGCCAGGAGUGGAAAAGAUGAAGCUAAGACUUUCAGGUUGGAAAUAUGUCCCUCUAAAUCCUGAAGGAAGAGAAGUUCUCAUCAAAUCUGUCACUUCAUCAGCUUGCAUUUAUCAAAUGAACUGUUUCAAGGUGCCAAAGAAAACUUGUAAAGAUCUUGAUAAGCUGCAAAGAGAUUUCUUUUGGGGGGAAAACAUAGAGAACCCAACUGGAUACUAUCCUAAAGCUUGGACUUCAGUAUGCAAGCAAAAAGAGCUGGGGGGUCUAGGCUUCAUGAAUUUGGAACUUCUUAAUAGCUCCAUGAUAACUAAAAUUGGAUGGAGGCUUGAGCAGGAUAAAUACUCUAUGUGGUAUAAACUCAUGGAUGCCAAAUAUCUGAUAGGAAGGAAUGUUCUCAAUAUGGAUACUAAAUGA